AUUUUGUUGAUCAUAAAUCAAACUAUAAUUUAAGUAUAUUCAUGCAUAUUCAUUUGUAAGUCAUAACAUUUUUCUGUGUAAUAGAUACAGGGCAGAUAAUAUUAAUUUGUUAAUCAAUUUAGAAGUUUAACUAGUCGAAGUAGGAAUGCAAUACAUAGAAUUAGUUGAACAAAUAAUUAUGAGAACAAAAAGAUUCAGAAGAUGGUGGAGUAAGUCAGUUAGCGACAUUUAAUCUGUUGCGACUGUUGUUGGAUUAGUAACUAUAGACUACGAAUUUCUAAGUGUACGUGUAUAUAAGUGACCGAGGCCUUAAAGUAAACUAUCGAAUCGAACAUGGACACUAUAUACUCUCCAUGGAAUCGAAAUUCCGCACUUGCGCGCCAUCAAGCCUGUGCGUCCGGUUCCGAAAAUUCAAGAAAACACGUGGUUUUCCAUGUGUGCAAACCAGAAAUCAGUAAUAAUUAAAAUAUGCAUGUAUUUGUAAUACAAAAUGUAAUUUAUAGUGUACGGUAUUAGCUUGAAACUUUCUUCUAUUAAAAUUUCAAUAUUUCAUUUUUAUAAGUGACAAAAGUACUCUAAAAAAAAUUAGACUAAGUUGGAGUUAACAAGUAUAUAAUAAAUUCAUAAUGGCCACAUCUCUUGCGGAGCAACUUAAAAAAUUGAGAACACCUCAAACAACAUUGCUCUUACAAGAUAAAAGAAAGCCUAGUUUGUUGUUUGAUACGAAAGAAGCUGCAAAUCUUGAUAAGGAUACUGUUUACAAUAUUGGUUUGAGUGGUUUAGAAGAACUUAUAAAAUUAAAUAAUGCAUUUGAUGAUUUUAAGAAGACACUUUUUGCUUUAAGUUCUAUUAGUUUGGAAAGAUCUGUACAGGAUAACAAAAUGAAUCAAAAGUUAAAUACAGAAAUAGAAAAAUUUCUUGUAUUGUUGUCGCCAUACUUUCUACUAAAUACAGCUCAUAAAGCUUUAGAAUGGUUAAUACAUCGUUUUCAUGUACAUCAAUUUAACAAGGAUCAUUAUUUAUUGUUAAUUUUACCUUAUCAUGAAUCACGUAUUUUUGUCAGAGCCUUGCAAUUAUUGGACUUAUCAGAUCCAAGAGAUAAGUGGCAUUGGUUGAAGCCAAUUCAAAAAUCACGCUCACCAUUAUCUUCGAUGUCCCUUGUAAAUCAAGCAGUAUCUGAUAAUGGAUUUCUGAAGACUAUAUGUGAUCAUGUUAUUUAUGCAACAAAAAUGUAUUCAGAUAAAGCUGACAGUUUAAAUACUUUAUAUGCAUUCUAUACUACGAUCACAGUUGGAAGAAUUGAGCAUUCCCACACUAUUACAGAUGUUCAAUUUAAUCACAUGUUACCAGCUUUAUUAAAAGGUUUAUCAUGUCAAACACCAGAUUACGCAGCAAGUUCUUUUAUGAUUUUUUCAAAAUUAAUAUCUAAAAUACACAUACAAGAAGAAACAAUUGAUCUUUUACUAUUAAAAUCUAUAAAGAAACCAAUAUUAACUCGAGAAGUAGUCCUUCUUAUUCUAUUUCUUUAUGACAAUCCAUUUAAUACUUUGAACAUAAUUUCUGAAAGUUUCAUGAUUAGAUUGUCUAAAAGACUAUGGUUUAUUGAAGUAAUUGAGAAAGUUAAAAAUUCAGGAGUCAAGGUUUCAAAAUUUAUCAUAUUACUGCUCAAUACAGCACUCAACUUUAUUGCACAUAAUGAAAAAUCUGAAGACACUGAAGAAGUUAAACAAUUGGUAGAUGAAAUUUUCAGACAAAUUUCUUUUAAAGAAGAAGAUGUAUUAUCAAUUCUACAAAGCACUAUGAGUAAUGAUGUUAUAUCAAUUAAAAAUUCCGAUGCAGUACAAAGUUAUUUUAUAAAUCUAUAUCAAUCUGUUGAGAAGAAAUAUCCAGAAUCAUUCGAUAAAUAUUUGCAUGAGUUGAUGCACAUGAAAGAAUCUAGUGAAAACACAAACAGUAUUUUGAAAUUUUUGAUGUUAUGGUACUCAAAAGCCGAAGAAUCUUUAGAUAUAUUUACUGGGCUCAAUCAUCAUAAUCCAGAACAUAGAAUUAUAGCUAUAAAAAUGAUUGGGAAGAAAAACAUAAGUAUACCUGAAAAUCUUCAAGAAAUUGUAAACAAGUCUUUGCUAUCACGAUUUCACGAUGAUGAUGAUAGAGUUAUAAAAGCACUGUUAAAUUUGCCUUUAAAUUUAUUACAAAAUACUUUUGCUGUGGAUACUCUGGUGGAUGAAUUAAUAAUUUUGGUUUCUAGAUGUCAUGCAGAAAACAAAAAAGACUUAGCCAAGUCUGCUCUGAAAGUUCUAUUAUCUUUUUGUGAUGAAAGUGAUGAUAUCAGUGUAUUUUUAGUUACUGUUCCUUAUUUAUUUCCAACUAGAGAUGAGGAUGUAGGAAUUGCAAUGCAAAUAUUAAAAUCUGACUUUGCUAAAAGAAACGCUUAUUUUAAAAGAGUAGCUGUGGAGUUAGGAGAAGCAAAAGAUGCAGAGUCUGUUAGAUCAGUUGCUUUUCAUAAUAUUUUAAUUUCAGAGUUGUUGCCCCAAGCAGCUAAUAUUUUGAAUGCAAUAAAACAACAAAUGGCACAUGGAGAUGCAGCAUCAGUAUUCUUCAACAUGAUAAUAUUAGGCUCUGUUUGUAGAGUACCAGUAGGGUCUCUCAAAACACAAAUAGCUGGACAAGCAAUUGAAAUGGCUGCUGAGAUGAUGAAUAAAUUUCCAAGUAUAUUGCCUUUAAAUGGUGCAACGCAUAUAAAUGCUGAUAAACUUUUUGAUGCCUUGAAAUAUAUUUACAAAGGACAAUUGCCUCUACAAGUUAAUACAUAUGUUUUAGAAAUGGUUCACAGACGUUUGAAUUUGAAUAAUAAUUCAAAACUGGAUUUUGAGGAAGAUUUUGAAAGAAGUCAAUUAAUUCUUCGAGUCUUAGAAAUUGUAUUUGAUGGAAUGGUUUUGGAUAAAUGGCGUAAGAAUUAUUCUCAAAUGAAGUCACAUUAUGAUUGGUAUCUAAAAAUCUUUUUUCAAAGACACUUUAAAACUGUCGAAGACGUCAUAAAGUUCCUUUCGCAGUUUUUUAUUAAACCAGUAAAAGUACAAACAUCACUCCACUGUUUACAUAUUUGUUUGGUACUUUUUGAUGAUUGUAAAUCAUUUCAGUGGAUUUUUAAUGACAGAAAUUUUGUCAUCAAUUUAUUGUUGACUCUCAGUUCUGAAAAUAAUACUUGCAGAGAAGUGGGAGUUGCUAUAUUGAAAAAAUUAUCACAAACUUUCAAUAUUUCUAUGGAGGGAUUUUCUGUGCUUCUGUUAGAACUUGCAGAUCGUAGCACUGAAAUAUCACUCGAUCAUAAUCAACUGUCCUUGCUUUUAUACACACUUUUAUCACCAGAUCCAGAUGUUAGCCACCAACUAAAAGCAGAUGUGAGGCCUAAGUUAGAAAAUGCUCGUGAAUUAUUAUUUGAAGCAACUUUGUCAAAUGACAUCGCCAUCCACAUUCGUUCACAAUUACUUGACAUUUUAACAUAUGUUAAUAGUCCUAAAAUUUUAAAGAGAUUAGUACCGUUAGGUUCUGAGCUACUGGAGAAUGCAAACAUUGAAGAAAAAAUAUUUGCUCAAAAUGCUAUGAGGAAUGUAAUUCAAAGAUUUGAUACUAGUUCAGUGACAGCAUUGAAGAAUAAAACAGUAUGGAACUUUUUCAUCAAAUGUGCGACCACACAUGAUGUUAAGAUCUCAAUGGAAAAUACAAAACAAUAUGUUAGUGUAAUUUUAAUAAAACAAAUUGAUAAUAGAUUUUUCUCAAAACUAGAUAAAUCAGCACAAAAAGAAUUAAUUGGAAAAUUCAUUGAUGUUGUGACUGAUUUUGAUAUUGAUGCUGUUAUUUCAACAAUUACCAAGUUGAUCAAAAAAAUUAGUAUAGAUGCACAAUUGGUAGUUGAUGAGUUGAAAACUAUGACAACUGUAAAAAAUGAUGAUGUAAAUAAAACUAAAGAACCAAUGAGAAAGAGUAGAAGUAUGAGAAUUAGCUACCAGUACAAUCCUGAGAUGGUUAAUAGCAGAAAAUGGAGAAGAGGAGUAACAUUAUUAGAAUUUAUCCAACAUUCUAACAAUAUUGAAAAUGAAGAAUUGUUAGUACCAGUUUUAUUUGAUUUAUUAAAAACUUCAUUGUGCUUUGAAGAACAAAGCCCUGUUGAGUACACAAAUCAAUUAGUUUUAUCAACAAUUUACCACUUAGCCAUAAAAAAUAUAAUAAUUAAAAAUGCAGAUGCAUAUGUUGACUUGAUUGCUCAGUGUAUUAGGACAUCUCAAAAUCCUCAAACACAUCAUCAUGCUUUAUUAGUGCUGGUAGAAUUGUUUAAAUUAGCAGAUAUACAACAAGCAAUACAAAAUAUUAUGCCAAUAUUUACUUUUAUGGGUAGUACUGUGUUAAGACAAGAUGAUGCUUAUUCUAUUCAAAUAAUAUCGAAAACUAUUGAUACUAUAAUACCUAUCAUCAAUUCUACAAAGAAUAUUGAUCAUGUCUGUGAGAUUCUCAGGUUAUUUAUAACUUCUUUGCCAGAUAUACCAGAACAUAGAAGAUCGCCAUUAUUUUUAAAAUUAUUGCAAUUGUUAGAUAAUUACUUACACUUGUAUUAUUUGCUGACCUUUGAGAGCCAUGUUUUAUCUAAACGCUUUGAUAAUUCUGAAGAGUUAUCGUCUGAUAGACUACGGUUUGCUUUAAGCAUUUCUCAAAAUUUUUCAGUAAAAAAGAUUAUUAGGAUUUGUAUUAAAUUAGUUGAAUUUUUAAAAGAAUUACCUAUUGACAUUCAAGAAGGACAAAAAAAUAUCGAUUUUAAGAGCAACAACAUUUUUGAUGUAGCCAAUAAUUCGCCGAAGCAGUUGAGGCAUUACAAAUAUACAAUAGUAAAGUUUCUUGUAGCUUUAUUAUCAAAUUCAGAGUUUAUUAAUCAAGUAGCUGAACUAUCUGAUAAUGAUUUGUAUUCAUUAAAACCUUUAUACGACAAAUUAAUAGUCGAAUUACUAUUCUACAUUCAAAGUACUUCGAAAGUCGCUGAUCAUCAUCAAGGCAAACCAAAUGUAAAAUAUUGGAAAGUCGUACUACACGGGCUUUACGAUAUUGUAGAUCUCAUAAACAAUUUACUACCAAAUUCAAUCUUUAUAGCUAGUAUCAUUAAUUUAGUUCAUCACAAAUCUUUAACUGUCAGAAGAAAAGCUUUAGAUCUACUAAACGCAAGAUUUAUUCAAAAGAAAUUUAGCGAAGAAGACCAUCAAGAUUUAUUAAAUCUGAUUGGGCCUAUAACAAAUCUACUCCAGGGACCACACAAAUUUGCUAAUCCAGAACUUGAAGUUGUCCAACAAACUGCACUAAUUACUUUGAAAUUACUAGCUAAACUAUUAGCUUCACAGAAUCCUUACAUUUUCAAACCAAUCCUCGAACUGACAACUGAACUAAUAAAAAAACGUGAAGGUGCUGUAUUAGGUAGCGCUACACUUUGUGUCGCUGAAUUGUGUAGUUCUAUGAGAGUUCAUGCAAUAGAGAGUCUGAAUAAAUUUGUGCCAGCCAUUAUUCGACUUUUGCAAACGUAUUGCAAGGAAGAAACUCCAGAUAUACUUACCAUUAGUAUAAUAAGUGCGUUGCAAAAAAUUGUGGAAUCUGUUGGCAACUUUUUAUCCCUUUAUCUUGUUCGAUUGUUAUACGAACUUGCGAGGUUAAAUACUUUAUAUACAGAUUUAGAGAAUCCAAAGAUUAGCCCAAUAGUUUUGCGAUUAAAAGCUAUAACACAAAAAUUAACAAGUUGUAUACCAGUACGAGUGUUACUACCGGCUGUAAACAAAACUUAUGAUACUCUAUUGUCAAGCAAGUCUUAUCAAAGCAUUUCCCCUCUUUUGGACAUAUUCGCUGAAUCUUUUAACAACAUUCAAUCUUCUGAAUUAAACAACAUUAUUCCUGAGAUAGGAUCAUUUUUCUUAAAAACACUACAAUUUAGAGAAGAAGUAACGAUUUCACAUGGUGAUAUGGAAAUAGAUGGAGAAGCAACCAUUAAAGACGUUGCCAAUAUUGAAGAAAGUGCUAGUAAAGCAUUGGUUACUCUAGUUUUAAGAUUGAAUGAAGCUACUUUUAGACCUUUGUAUUAUAAGUUAUAUGAUUGGGUUGCGAGAAACUCACAGCACAAAGAAAGAAAUAUAACGUUUUACAGAUUAUCAGCAAACAUAGCCGAAGGUCUUAAAUCCUUAUUUGUCCUUUUUGCUGGACAUUUCUUGAAACAUGCAGCUUCUUUGCUUAUUGGAAAUAAUAUAAAAUCUUGUGAAGGUGGUUCGUUAGAAACAACACUGCAAAAUGAAGCUGGAAGAAUUGAAUUAAUAGAAGAAAUUCUAUUGACAUUAUAUAGAGUUUUUACCUAUGAUGCACGUGACUUUGUAAAUCAAGAAAGAUUUGACACCCUCAUGCAACCUAUUGUUGAUCAAAUAGAGAACACAAUAGGUACAGACCAACAGUAUGAAAAAAGAGCAAAUGAACUUAUUGUGCCCUGCAUUGCAGCUUUCGUCGGUUCAAUUCCCGAUGAUUCUCUGCAUAAACAAUUAGUAUAUCAAAUAUUACUAAAAACCAAAAACGAAGAACCUCGUGUUCGGAAUACUGCAUUGAAUGCCAUCGUCGAAAUAGCUCGAAAACUUGGCGAAGAUUAUCAGGCUAUGUUACCGGAAACUGCUGAGUUUUUCUUCGAAUUAUUGGAAGACGAAGAAGAAUUUAUUCAGAAAAAUACUAGAAAUGCAGUUCGCACUUUGGAAGAAAUUCUAGGGCAACCAGUACAGAAGUACUUCUAG